AUCGGGGUGGUCUAUCACUCACCUAGUUCAAGUGAUGCUGAUUUUCUAGCAUAUAUGGAGACCGUUUUGUCGGAAAUAUGCGAUAACAUGGUAAAUACCAUUAUUAUCGGAGAUUUUAAUAUAAACCUGAAUAUAAUGUCGACAUAUAGUAAGAAACUGAAUGAGAUAUUCGCCCAUCAGGCAAUAAAACAGUUAAUUAACUUUAAUACUAGAGUUACUGAAUAUCCCGAAACACUGAUCGACUUAUUGUACUCGAACGCUAAGGAAGUUUCAUGUGAAAAAGCGGAGGAACAUAGAAUAUCGGAUCAUGAAACUAUAAUGUUCAAAUGCGAUAUAAAAAAACAAGGCCCUAUCAGUAAACUGUCUGAAAUAACUUCGUGGGAUGGGUACAGCCCAGACAACUUAUAAAUCUUUUGCGACAAGGCACCUUAGCUGAC